AUGUCAAUCAUUAAAACGAAAGGAAAAGAUACCAUCAUUUUUGCUACCAAAGAAGAUCAUUCAUCCCCGAGUAAAAUAAAUCUCCCUGAACCGGAACCACGACCAGGUUUACUUUUACCAAAUGGAGAAAUCAAUUGGAAUUGCCCUUGUUUAGGAGGCAUGGCCACUGGACCUUGUGGAUUAGAAUUUAGAGAUGCUUUUUCUUGUUUUCAUUAUUCUACCGCUGAGCCAAAAGGUUCAGAUUGUUAUGAUGCAUUUAAAAUGAUGCAGACAUGUAUGUCAGAAUAUCCCGCGCUUUACGGCAAUAAAGACAAUCCAGCAGAUGACAUAGACAUGGAAGAACAACGAGAAAUAAGUUCAAGUAAAAAUGAAAAUAGUUUGAAACGUGAACUUUCUUUAAAUCAUGAAAUAGAUAAACCUAGGACGUUUGCAAAAAGUACAGAAAUGGAGCAAACAACAAUUGUUGGAAAUAAUUAA